ACCACUCCGACACCAGGCUCCCAGAAGGAAACGCUCGGAGCUUUCCUCUACACCGUAUCCUGCGUUAAACUCCAGUGAGUGUGUCAGCGCAUUCUGCUUCUUCUCCAUUCCCUCUCUCUGUCUCUCGACUCUUUCUUUCUUUGUUUUUUUUGUCGGUCAUUUUUCUUGUCCUCGCGUGGUGAGACACAGGGAGACUCGGUUUGGGCGUAGCUGGAGGAGGACGCAGCCUUGGGUUACCUGCUGUACCUAAUAGCGGUUAACUCACUGCCUUGCUGAGUUUCCGAGUUCCCUGUUCUUUCCCCAAGAUGAAACCAGACGGGGUUGACACAGGAGCGACGGAGCCGAUGGUCGCUCUAGACGCAGAUGUUACACAUCAGGGGGAGCCGCUGGGCGAAGGCCAAGAACAGGCUCCGCCGGCUUCACAAAUACAAGAGAUGGAGCAGGGCGAAUCUCAGACGGGAGGAUCCGAGUCGCCUACGGCGGCCACCAAGGAUAAGCCUGCGGACCCAAAAGCAAAGACGAAGGGUGCCACCAAAACAAAGGCGUCUGCCACCGGCGCUCGUCCUGGCACCAAUCCAAGCCGCAUGACGAAUGGUGUACAGAAGCCGGCGCAAGCCAACGGCAUUGCCAAGAAGACCACCACCAGCGCGGCCAUCGAGAAGAAGACGACCACCACAGCUACAAAAAAACCCACAGGGGCAGUGACUACCAGACCUGCCACCAAGACCACAGAGAAGAAACCUGCCGCGGCACCAAAGACCACCGGGAUGACACAGCCAGUCAAGAAAACAGCUGUGAAUGGGGACAAGGCCAAACCAAAAUCGGCAGCAGCUCCGGCUCCCAGAACCGCUGUCGCCACUGCCAAGGUUGGCACAACUUCCUCUCCGAAAACAGACAAGCCACCCGUCUCCAAGACAACCAGGCCUGUCACAGCUACCACAACUUCUCGUCCAACUUCUGCUGCACCAAAAUCAGCUUCCGCUGCCACAUCCAAGACACCAACAACUGCAUCAAAGACCACUCCUUCUGCAGCAAAAACAACCCCCUCCAGUGCUAAACCAUCACCCGCAAAAACUCCUUCUGCUAGUCGAGCUCCAGCCACAUCCACAAAGACCCCUACACCUGCCAAGAAAGAUGCAAGCAAGCCAGCCACCCCAGCAGCCAAGAAGUCAACUGCCUCCCCUCUCACUCGCCCUGCUUCAACCAAGACCAGCAAGCCUGACACCAUGAAGGCAGCAACGCCAGCCAAAUCAGAGUCUGUCUCCAAGAAACCCUCUACCCCCAGCAAGCCAGCAGUGGAAGCCAAGACGAGCAAGCCUAAGGAGAGCAAACCAACUCCAUCAAAGGAAAUUAAUGCCACUUUGAAAACAUCUAGCACUAAGAACAGCACAGCCAAGGCAGCCAGUCCUAAGAAGGUAGUGGGUAGCAGCACUCCCAUGCCAGUUAAACGUGGCCCCAAAGCUGCACAUAAAGAGGAAAUAUCUCCUGCUGUUGCAGUCGAAGCUGUGGCUGUUGUUGCUGCCGCCACAGCUGCUGGUACCUUUAUUACAGUGACAGACAAGGAAUCUGAAGUCAAGAAAGAACUACAGCCUGAAGUUGCACCUGAAGUUAAGCUCGAAAGUUCACCUGAAACUAAACUCGAAGUUGCACCUGAACCCAAGCUCGAAGAUGCUCCUGAACCCAAAGUUGAAGCAGCACCUGAGCCCAAUUUCGAAAAUGAACCUAAGCCCUCUUCACCACUUCCAUUGGAAACCGAACCUCAACUUGCACCAGAAACCAAGUUUGAACAUCUGCCCGAAACUAUAUCUGAACUCUUACCAGAAACCAAGACUGAACUUGAAACUGAACCCAAAUCAGAGUUUAUGGAAAUGGAGUCAGAAUUUACAUCACAAACUAUGUCUGAACUCGUGCUUGAAACCAAGACUAUACUUGCAUCUGAACCCAGAACAGACAUCAUGUUGCAAGGUGAGUCUGAAUAUGUGCCUGAAACUAUGUCUAAACCCCUCCUUGAAACUACGCCUGCAAUUGUACCUGAACCCGAAUCAGAACUUCCAUUAGAAAGUGAACCAGAACACACACCUGAAUACCUGCUUGAAACCAAGCAUGCAGUUGUACCUGAACCUAAAUCAGAACUUCCAUUAGAAAGUGAACCAGAACACGCACCUGAAUACCUGCUUGAAACCAAGCAUGCAGUUGUACCUGAACCUGAAUCAGAACUCCCAUUAGAAAGUGAACCAGAACAGCCACCUGAAUACCUGCUUGAAACCAAGCAUGGAGUUGUACCUGAACCUGAAUCAGAACUCCCAUUAGAAAGUGAACCAGUAUACACACCUAAACAUCUGCUUGAAACCACACCCGCAGUUGAACAUGAACCUCAAUUAGAACUGCCAUUAGAAAAUGAACCAGAACACACACCUGAACAACUGCUUGAAACCAAGCCUGGAGUUGUACCUGAACCCGAAUCAGAACUGCCAUUAGAAAGUGAACAUCAAUAUACAUCAGAACACCUGCUUGAAACCAAGCACGAAUUUGCACCUGAAUCCCAAUCAGAACUCCCAUUAGAAUAUGAACCUGAACAUACACCCGAACUCCUGCUUGAAAUCAAGCCCGCAAUAGUACCUGAACCUCAACCAGAACUCUCAUUAGAAAUUGACCCUGACCAAACACCUGAACACCUGCUUGAAACUAAGCCUGCAAUUGUACCUGAUCCUGAAUCAGAACUCCCAUUAGAAAAUGAACCUGAAUAUAUGUCAGAACACCUGCAUGAGAUAAAGCAUGAAUUUUCACCUGAACCCCAAUCAGAACUUCCAGUGGAAACUGAGUCUGAAUUCCCGCUUGAAACCAAGUCUGAGUUUUCCUCUGUCCCUGAAUCCAAGCCUGAACUCCUGCUGGAAACAGAAUCUGAAAUUACCUCUGAACCUAAAUAUGAACCACUGUUGCAAACAGAGCCUGAAAUUUUCCCUGAACCCGAGUCCCAACUCUCGUUUCAAGCGCAGCCUGAAACUUUGCCCGAAAUAGCCUCAGAAUCCACAGUUGAAUCUUUGAUUGCUGCUGCAGUUCAGAACAUUGAAGCAGACACUGAGGAUAUUCCAUCACAUACAGAAGAAGAAAAAUCUGAAGAGGUGGUGCCACAGUUGGCUGAUCAGCUGGAUCUAGUCAGUCUUGAGCAAACAAAUGCUCCUUCUACUCUCGGAACAACAGUCAUGUCCCCACCGUCCUCCCCUACAGAAGAAUCUCCUGUUCAUUUGGAACCCCACAAAUCUGCUCCACUGCAAGAUAUGUAUGCUGCCAGUAAUCCCUGGGCACAAAAUCAACCCAUGUUUUCAAGUGACAUUACAACAGAAAAUCGAGAGCAAGAAGAGGAAGUAGAAGAAGAUCUCGGGGCUACCAUAGAGGCUGCACCUGAGGAGGCAGUGGAUGUAGAGAAAACUUUUAGUCUUGGAGUGGCACCUGACCUGUUGAGUACCUCUCAUGUUGAGCAUUUCAGCAGUGUGUCGCCUAUUUCUCCUGGUAUGGAGAAGGAGGAGGCAGUGGAAAAGGCAGAGGAAGAAAUUAAUGAGGAUGAUCAUGUUGAGGAGGAAGAGGAAGAAGAAGACCAGCAGCAGGAGAGCGACAGUGUAAAGAUUCAAGCAGUGCUUGAAACACAGAACGUGGAUGAUUUUAUGUUUGGAUUAUCAGAAUUUGGCAGCUCCAGCGGUGGCACAUUGCAGUGUGGUGAUUUUGAAAGGAUAAUGCAGCAGGAGCAAGAUAAAGCAACCUUACAAUUCCAAAUGGAAAGUCAUCACUGUGAUGAAGAUGGAGAGGAGUUCUCUGUAAAAAAUGUGGAAAUGGAACAGCCAUUUAUGGGGCCACCUGGUGUUAAAUCUUUUUCGGAUGAAGAGGAUGAGGACGAUGAAGAGGAGGAGGAGGACGAGCAGGAAAAGGAAGAUAUGGACAUUGGUCCAGAGCAUAUUCACAAGGACCACAUAGAGUUUGGCCAUGAGCAAGAUGGUAAUCAGCAGCACCUCAAAUCUGAAGAAGAGGAAGAGCAUGAGGAUGAAGAUGUUGAGAUGGUUAGUGAAGGCCAGAUGGAGAGUGGAAGCAAGAUUUCUGGAAAUGUUGAUGAGGAUGACUACGAGGAAGGAUAUUUAGAUAAUUUGAACCGCACAGCUCCAGCUCCUUCAAUACCCAUGACUGCAGCCUGGGGCCCAUCCAACCCCUUUGCAGACACUUGGGCUCAGCCAACCUCAAUCAACAUAACAUCCAGUCCCAUAGACAUUAAGGCAGCUGAUCCUGAGACUCCCACAAAGUCACCUGCUGAAGCCUGGCUGGAGAAGCCUCUAGGGCAUUUGACAGAACCACACCAUGAGGUCCGUGAAGAGAUGGAGAGCUCAGUUCCAGUGGAUGGCAUUAAUCUGUGUGCACCUCCAAUUGGUAUGUCCCAGUCAAGCACCCUUAGUGGAACGGCUCUGGCAGCCCACAGCAGCAGUGAGACCAGCACACCUGAAGAACUGCGUGACUACGACAGCAGCUCAGGUGUGGAAUCACGUUCAGACAAGCAACAGACUCCUGUCCCCACUGCCCAACCUGACCAGGAUCAGGACCUUGGGAUUCACCUAGAGCGCGGGGAUGGGGAGGAAGAAGAGGCAGAGACUCUGCCUGCGGAUGAGAUCCUGGGUGAUGCUCCAACCGCACCAGCAUCUGUUCCAUCAUCCCCUACUACUUCUGGAGAUGAGGCAAGUGAUACUGAAGGAGAGAUGCAAAUUAAUGAACCUGAUGCUCCAAUUGAUGACACUGCAGCCUUAGAUAGUCCUUCUGCCUCCCGAAAUCUGCCUGCCUUAGAGGAAGAUGAGGAGGCCACCGACAUGCAGGCCGGAGAGGAAGACGGUGGGACCCCGCAGUCUGCCAACUCUGUAGCUUCCUAUGGCUUUGACUGCUCAGUAUCCAACUCCAAUGCCCAUUCUACUGCCGAGAGCUGUGGUAAGAGCCCUGGGAUUUUCUCUCUAGAGAAUGAAGACCAGCUUCCGGAAGAAGCAAAGGAUCCCUCGCUUAUUAAGGAGCUGACCUUGCCUGCGGCGGCCGCUCAAGCCGAGGAUCUACUGGGCUGUCCUGUUGACCUGCUUCCCCUUGGCCAGCAAGGAGAGUCACAAGCCAAUGCUGAUGAGCAGUACCUGCUGUGUGGGAAGACAGGAGCAAGCGCUCUUGAGGAGUCCGACCCCGAGUCUCCUAUGCACCUGUCUCCUCAGCACGGGGACAGCACUGAUGGGCAGCCACCUUACUAUUCUACCAUAUGUGAUAACACUGAUAGCUUUCUCGCAGGUAAUGUAUAAAGCCCCUGAACGAAAUGCACCUUUUUCCCCGCAUCCUUCCCAAGACAGCACCCUCUCUUCCUUUUUGUUUGUUUUUUUACCAGUCCAGGCGAUGGUGUAAUGAAAUGGAGGACAUAGGGGGACGGACUGUAGGUUUAUCAGUGCUGCUUUCUCUUUCUUACUACUAUUAUAGUCAUGGUUAUGAUUGUAUGGCUUAAACUCCUGUAUGUACAAUAGCUAUUCUCAUUUUCUAUUAGAAUGUACUAUUGAAUAACACUGCAUACUACAGCACCCCUGAACUUGGAUCGAUAGACUGAACUGUUGUGAAGUCCUUUAACAAAAAACAAAACAAACAAAAAAAAUACAGGAAAAGGAUCACAUUGGAUGGACUCUAUCUAUGUUUGUAUUUAUCCUACUGUUUUUACCGAACAAAUGUCAAAUGUUUUUUUUUUUAUACCUGUUUUCAAUUGUUUAUUUUUGUUAAGUUCCCAGUCUUCUCUUGCACUGUAGACGUACCCUUACAUCUUUUUUUAAACUUGUUUCUGUGUCAGAAUUAACUGUUUUAGCACUAACUAAGGAUAGAUCUUCUUCCAGAGGCCUCGCACUUUGGGUUUUUUCAAUGUAGGGAAUUGUUGGAAUGUUAGAUGGCAAGCAAUGUUGUUUUGUUUUUACAUUUUUUUUUCUCUCCUAGUUAAAAGAAAAUUUCCAGCACAUUUGUGAAGGAUAACUUAUAAGUCACAUACCACAGCUUUUUAAGUACUCAGCAGUGAUCUGGUUGUAUUGAUUUGCAGUAGCUGGACAUUUUUACUUUGGCUCAAAUAUGCUUCAAUGUGGUGGGGAAAAAUGUCACUUUCGUUUAAAGAAAAAAAAGACACUUGAAUGUGGGUGGCGACUAUUAGACAUUUGGAUUGGAAAUUGCAUGUACAACUAAUUGCGUUACUGUAAUACUGUUCAAGACCUGUUAUGUCAGGAUAAUCACAAUAAUAAUAAUAAUAAUAAUAAUAACGGUUCAAGCUAAUUAAACGGUUUUUCAAAAUUCCAUUAAACAUCAUUUCAAGGCCAUCUGUUCCCGUUUCUUAUUACCCGCAUGGUGAUAAAAAUAUAUACAUAUAUAGCUAUGUAUGUAUCCUUACAUUAUGGAGUUUAGGUGUCCAUUGAGACAUCUAUCCCGUUGGUGCAGUUUCAUGGAGUCUGACUGGGAACAGGAAUGGUGUUACCUCCUAAUGGAAUUUUGAUGAAAUGACAGCCCUGUUGUUCACACCCAUCAUCUCCAGCAUGAUUUAAAAUGCUAUUCCUCCCUGAUAGAAGAGUCUGCACAUCCAGCAAUAUACAAAUGAACUCUCGCUCCAGGUUGGCAUGUCUGUCUACUGAUCCUUAAGGAAUGUUACCUCUAGAUUUUCAAAUAAGGCUACACACAGUCUGACAUUAGCCUGAAUGCAUAUUCUUUUUUGCCUCUGGGUAAUAAUUUUGAGGUUUCAUUGUCUUCUGCCAUCUCUGUUUUGCUCCCUUUCAUUCAUUUUCUUCAUAAAAGAUCUCCACACCA